UAUCAUCACAGUUUACUUUACGUUAACUUUGUAUAAUAAAAAUGAAAUUCCUUAUUGUUGUUUUGGCCGCUCUAGCUUUGGCUGCUCCUGCCUUGGCUACCACCUAUAAUCGUUGUUCUUUGGCUAAAGCCAUGUACAAUUUGGGUGUUCCUAAGGAUCAAUUGGCUCGUUGGACUUGCAUUGCUGAGCAUGAAUCCUCGUACCGUACUGGAGUUGUGGGACCUACCAACUCUAAUGGCUCCAAUGAUUAUGGUAUUUUCCAAAUCAACAACUACUACUGGUGUCAACCUUCCAACGGACGUUUCUCCUACAACAAA